ACGAAAAAACGCGUAGCGCACCGACUUCGUGCCGCGCGAGUUUGAGACGGCCCUUGGCAGCUCGCCAACUUUUCGAGCUGCAGCCUCUCGUCAGGGUCGCCGGGGCUUGUUUUCAUCGGAGCAUCGCGCGGAAUUCACUGCAGUGUGAAGUCUGCGCUGCCACUUGCGACGUCUCGCCAUUCCCAAUUGGUGUCCGCACGAUCCCGCGGCUGUCACCGGGCCGAAACUAAUGAAAUGUCAGGCCAUGAGCGAGCGCCGCCCCAUGUGCGCGCGACGUCUGCUGUACGUGGUGAUCGGGCUGUGCACCGUGCUGCUGAUGGCGGGCUUCGCGCUGGGCCUGGCCGUCCACCUCAACUUCUUCUUCCUCGGCCUGCUGGGCUUGCUGCUGUUGGCCAUCUCGUGUCCGCUCCACUGUAUCCUGCAGACCUGCCAGCCCCCCUCGACGGCCCCCGAGAGUCCACCGCAGCCUCGGGGGGAUGCACCGCCUUCGUACGAGCUGCUCUUCGUGGUCAAUGACGAUCCUCCGCCCAGCUACGACAAGGCGCUGCAGUUCGCGAACCUUCCCCGUGUGCACUUACUGCCGCAGCGACAGCCCCAUCGUUUGGACAGCAUCAGCGUACUCAAGCUGUAAAUCACCGUUCACUGUACUCUAAAUGCGCAAGCUUGUCAAAGAUUCAGGGAGAAGCGGUCUCUCGCUCGGACUUUGUUUUUAUGUUCCUCUUCGCCGCAUGUGUGUGUGUGUGUGUGUGUGUGUGUGUGUGUGUGCGUUAUUGUAAGGGGUAUUGAUCUGACAUUGAUCCGCCAUUUUGUUGUUUAUGUCAGCGUGAGGACGUAUACGCUUAUUUGCAUUACGCGUUUGAGGGGUGUCAUGUGAAUCCUUGAAAUGCUCACCUUAGACAAGUGUCAGACAGUUCAUAACAAAAAUUGUGAACGAAGUCAUGUCAGUGCAUACCUCCUGUUCAACGCGAUAACGCGUUAUGGCGAUAAACUGUGAUAUCGAGUUCGCGGACAUCUUUGAGGCUCGUUUGGGGUUUUAAGUUGAUAUUUUGGUGUCCUCUGUCUCUUUUUCUAUUUUAAUGCGAUAUCAUUCUUAAGCUACUACUCAAUAUUUCCAGCUAUGCAUAUUCUGGCCUCCUAAUACGCAGUAGGUAUGCCCAUUAGACCUUUUCAACUCACUGUGCUUGCACCCCAUUGCGCUUCGCGUAUGCGGAGUGGCAGUACGCAUUACUUCACAUUUCCAUCCCCUUCGAAUGACCUCACGACCUAGACGUCGUCCUCUACGUCGUCUUUGAGGUCCUCCUAGAGGUCGUCCUUAAGAUCACCUUAGAGGCCGUCCUAGAGGUUGCCCUAGACGUCGUCUUUGACGUCGUUCUUGACGUCUUCUUAGAUGUCGUCCUUGAGGUCGCCCUAGAGGUCGUUCGAGAUGUCGUCUUUGACGUUGUCCUCUAGGACGUAGUCCUAUACGACGUCGUCCUAUACGACGUCAAGGACGGCGUCUAGGACGACGUCGAGGCCGACGUCCUAUAGGACGACGUUACAAAUAACGUCUAGGACGAGCUCAAGGACGACCUCUAGGGUAAUCUCAAGGACGACAAAGAUUUAGCUUCGUCCUAGAGGACGACGCUAAAUUUAGCACAAAACUUACAACCUAUGCACCAACCCAGUUUCCCCGCUAAAUUUGGCGGUGUGCAAAGAUAAAUGCUAUAGUAUUCAUAGAUAAUCACCCCUGUGGUUUCUACAAAUUUGCCUUGACCAUCAAUUUGCUACCCUGUAAUUUUUGUAAAUGGAUUGCUCUGAUUGUGCUUUUGUCAUAUUCACUCCAAUAGUUUUAGGAUGUAUAUGUAUAAAUGCGUGUUUUUAUUGUGCGAUAUUGUUUACGCAAUUUUAUUUUAUGAGAAUACGCUGCUUUAGGCUUUAUUUACAUGGUGCGAUUUUACUUGCGGUUACGCAAUUGCGACUUCGCUCGUGCGGCAGGAAAAACCUGAGGGAAGUUGCGAUGCCCGACGUCGCGGCUGCGACGUCGGGCACCGCAACCAGAAUUGCACCAUGUAAAUCAGGCUUCAAGACUGAUUCACAUGGUGCGAUUUUGCUUGCAAAUUCGCAGCUGCGGCGUCGUACACCGCAGUGUCCCCCAGGCUUUUUGUGCCGCACGAGUGGCGUCGCAACUGUGAAAUCGGAAGCAAAACUGCACCAUGUGAAUCAUGCUUAAUGCGGGAACAUUUGUGCGAAAAGUCAUCCGGAAAACGUGCCCUGAAAACGCAAAAACAUUGAACUUAAAAAAAAAUAAUAGUUUUACACCUUUAAAGGAGCUGUGUAUAUGUGUAUACGUCACAGCGCACGUGACUCGGAAGAUGGUGAAGGAUUUGAAAGGUGCCAAGAACUUAAAUCUUUGUCAUUUUUUUUUAAUGAGCACAAUACAUGCAGGUAAAAGUUUUUUUUUUUUUUUUUUUUUACUUCAGAAGGGUCGAGACACCAACUCCCACAACUAUUAAGGCGAAGCACUGAAAUUGUAGUAUAGCUCCUUUAAAUAAUAAUAAAAAAGAACAGCAUGAGGGUAAUUGCGGAAGGAAAUUUGCGACUAUGAUUGUGACAAGACCUUAUUCGUGGUUUGCGCGCAAUAACAAAUAUACGGUUCUCAUGUCCCGAUUUCCGAAUGGAUUUUCGCACAUGUGUUUCAGCCCUUAUGGGCGAGUAUACCAGACGAAUUAUUCGCAACUCCUCUCGUUUUAUCGGUUCUCUGCUAGCGUCCCUUUAUAAUUUUGAGAGCGCCCCUUUUAAAAUCUCGUGGUUUGACCUCCUUACGUCUCGCAAGAGGAACGCUGUACGAAUUGUUUUUUCCACACAGACCGUUACCUUGGAAUUACUUUUACCUACAUGUCUUGCGCUCAUCUGUCGGCAAAGCGUGUCUAAAGAAGUUAAGUUAUCGGGACAUUGAGGCACCCUACUCAUGAGUGUCUGCUGUACUGUGUGGUACAAUUGCGUCAAAGUAAGCAUGUGGGCAUGGUUUCACCUUGACGAGAAGUGUGGAGUGAGCGCUUGGUUGUCACAAGGACUCGCCGAAAAAUCAAGUGCCAAACGGCGGAAUGCUUUCUUUGAGCAGUGUAGGUCAAGCUGAACCAUUAAAUAAACUACGUAGAAUUUUUCAGAGUGUAACGCAAUGCGCGGUCGCACCGGCAAACAGAGCAGUGUCUUAUCUCCCCGGUUAUCCCCAAGAUAUGAAUAAAUAUUUUUGAGGCUGCUAUAUCAAAG